CUAAGUCGGCAUAUUCCAAUAAUGAUUGGUGAUUUGAUGGAUUAUGAAGAUCCCAUCGCCAGUGGUCAGCUGAACCAGUCCAGGUUGAGGUUUCUGGGAUCGAAUCCAGAAAACAUUUGCUAUUGUGAUGAAGUCUGUAUUGCGUUCGGAGACUGUUGCUCCGAUUAUACUUUCGUGUGUCCACCUUCUGACUGUUAUGUGACAAACUGGUCAGAGUGGUCCGCAUGCGUCUUGGAUGAUACUGCUCAAAAAUGUGGUGUCGGUACGCGAACUCGAACUCGUGAGGUGAGGCGAGAAGCAAACUAUGGUGGUGCCCCGUGUCCUGAUCUAGUCGAACAACUGUCGUGUUUUCAUGAAUGCCCACCGAGAGAGGAAGAUGUGACAACGGUGGCAUUGCUGCUCGAUUACAAAUACAACGAUAUUCGAGAGAAGUUGUCUCGUGAUAAUAUUUAUUGGGAUCUACCUGAGGUGGCUAGCAAGGUAGAAAAGCUAUCAUAUUAUUGUGUUGAAUAUGAGAUCGGUUGGGUGAAUCGGAAUUGCAUCGACAAGAAAAUAACAUCGAAAUUGCAUGAAGGCAAUAAAAUCUGCGCGGAAUGUCAACCUGAAGCG